UGCCUUAAAAUACAUGCCUUCCAUAAAAUUGCAGUUGUACAUGCACAAAAAAUCAUGGAACCAACUGUUUUGUCAUUUUAUCACCAAUAUGUACCUGUUGAAGAAUUUGCUAGUGGUAUCUACUUAAAAACAGAAGUUAAAUUAUCGAACAAACUAUUGAACUAACCCCGCUACUAAAUUCUAGCUCCCGCAAUGCGCCAAAUCAUGUCCUACGUAUAAAAGUGACCGGCGAAGCGAUGCGCCCGUUUACUUAGCUAUCAGAUACAUUUUAUAAAACAUCGUAGUUUUUAAUAAGUUGUGUUUCUCCCCAUAUAACGUUACCUAGAUUUGAUUGCAAAAUUUCCUUACCCGAACCAUUUUUUCUCGUAACUUCAAGCUCGCGUCCAUCAUCCAUUUAUACAACAGUCCAAGAAGUGGUUGGUUGUGAGGAACGAUACCGUAACGUUUUAACUGCAUUCAGUUUGACUCUCACCUCUUAAUAGGUGAUAUCUGUUCCAAUCUAUUAAUCUGAAUAUAUCUAAUUUAGAUUUUCGUGAACAUUUCUGUGCCAGUAACGACAGUGACAAACCGUGGUAAAUCAUCUAAAUCAGACUUCCUUGUGAAAUAUCUACCCGAGUGAUGUAUUAACUUAAGUUUGAUCGGUCGCGGCGUUUCAAAGCCGCUGUAAUUAUCGUCAUAUUUGCGUUGAAUUGCAAUAAACAUUUUUGAUUUCCCAAGACAGUGAAUAACGUGGGGAAAAACAGUGCAAAAGUGAAUUGCAAAAUAUCGUAAAGAAACCUGAAAGAUCAAAGGCGAAAAUAUCUGAAGCUAAGCAAAUAAGAAAGAUAACUCAGGAGACACAAAUAUAGGAGCGAGACCCGAAUGCUGAACGAUUAUGCAAUAGAACUGCAUCCAUAAAUGAACUCAGGAAAUUAUAAAAAGAAAAACCAUUGAUUAUAAAAUAUUGAAAACGUAUCGAGCCAUUGAGUGGUGAGUUUGAACAGACAAGGUAAACAUUGCAUCUGAACAACCGAAAAACCUCAUUCACCUUCUCAGUGUACCUAUCGAAACUGAAAGUGAUAUUUUCAUCUAUCGCGGUGAAUCGUUGAUAGCAAAAGUGAUUUGUUUCUGGUUCCUGCAGUCAAGAUUCAAUCUCGUGUUGACCGUGUUGAUUUCAUCGUGGAAGUACCUAUAAUUCAUCCGUUCAUUAUUGCCCAUUGGCGCCUUUAACUGCUAUCACAACUAAAGAUUCACACGCAUCUGUUAUCCGCAAGUCGCUUUGUAAAUUGUGAAUAAAACAUCUGGAAAGCAAGGAGACAAAUUUUAGUAUCUAACGAAAGCAGAAAACAUGUGCGAUAUGACAAAAAUUCGACUAUUUGGGGGUACAAUAGUUACCUUGGCAUUCCUCAUAAACGUUGGCUACGCAAUCGACACUCUACCCGAGUAUGUCAAACCGUGCAGUCGAUCGGAUCCUGGUUUAAACACCUGCAUUAAAAACUCAUUCAAUUAUCUAAAACCAUACCUCAAAGAUGGGCUAACCGAGCUUGGAGUACCAUCUCUCGAACCAUUGGAAAUCGAUGAACUCAUUAUGGAUAAUAAUGCUGGUGCAGUGCGAAUUAAGGCUAGGUUUUCUAGCAUAGCUGCCUUGGGCGCAAGCAACUAUUCAGUUCGUGAAGUCCGCAAUGAUAUCAAGAAUCUUCGCAUCGAUAUGAGCCUGGGUAUUCCCCGUGUUGAAGUUACUGGAAAAUACGACGUUGCCGGAAAUGUCCUUUUGUUGCCAGUUCGAUCGCAUGGAAAUUUCUGGGCUGAAUUCUUGAAUAUCAGCGCGAUUGCUAAACUCUAUGGACAGGAAAAAAUUAAAAAUGGGAAAACAUACAUGUACAUCAAUAAAUUGGGUAUAGAUUUCACAAUGAAGAAUGCCCGAUUCAAGGUCGAGGACAAAUUGAACACUCAAAACAUUCUGGGUGAAGCCAUUAAUCAAUUCCUCAACCAAAAUGCGAAGGAGCUCAUUCAAGAAAUGCGGCCGACCGCCUCCCAAAGUAUAGCGCGACUUUUACAGAAAAUCCUGAAUACGGCCUUCGGGAAACUGGAGAUGAGCUAUUGGCUCCAUGACUAACUGAUAGUCUUUUGAUAUUUUUUUAAAAGUAUUCUUACGCUUUGUUUUAUUCUAGAAGUAGAUAUUAAUUGGAUAUAAAAUAUCAUCACACAUCAUUUCGACCCCAAAGAAUGAAAUUCUAUUGUUUUUGCACUUUUACAUUUUUUUUGUAUGAAAUUAUUUAGUAAUUUAAAUUUCUUAUUAGGUAGAAACAUUGUUAGAUGUUUAGGCUGUUAGUUAAGUUCUAAAGAAUUCUUACCACCUUAUAUUUAAAUUAUAGUUUAUUAUUUUUUAGAAAGAAUUUGUAGAAAUUAUUACAACCCAGGGCUUUCGAAGCCUACAUUAUAAGUAAUACGAUUUGAUCGAUUUUAUACGAAUAAAGUAUUAAAUAUUUAAAA